AUGGACAAAUUUAAAGCCGAAGCAGACAGACUCACUCAAGCCGGAAUUUGGAAACCAGUAAAAUUCAGCAAUUGGGCAUCCCCAAUCGUGCUCGCUCCUAAGCCAGGUGGCGAUAUUCGUAUUUGUGGCGAUUUUAAACAGGCAGUCAACGCACAAAUCGACGUCGAACAGUAUCCGUUACCAACAAAAGAAGCUCUAUUUCACAUCAUUCGUCAUGGUAAGCAGUUCAGCAAGAUAGACCUCAAGGAUGCCUAUCUCCAGAUGGAAUUAGAUGAGGCUUCGAAGGAAAUCAUGGUGGUAAACACUCCACUGGGCCUUUUUCAAUAUCAGCGUCUUCCUUACGGGAUUGCAAGCGCACCAGCUAUCUUCCAAAGAUACCUCGAGCAACUUCUAAAAGGAAUAGAAGGUUGUGGCAACUAUUUAGAUGACAUCAUCAUCUCAGCACCUACAAGCGAGGAACAUCUGAACCGAAUCGACCGAGUUCUCCGCACUCUUCAAGAGAACGGCAUCAGAUGCAAACGGCAAAAAUGCUUCUUUUUCAAGGACGAAAUAGAAUACUUAGGGCGAAGAAUCAGCGCAAACGGCAUUCUCCCAGACAGUUCAGGCUUGGAGGCUUUGGCUGCUCCAUUGAAUCAACUUCGCAGAAAAGACGUAGCCUUCUUUUUUGGUCCACAACAGCAGCAGGCUUUUACAGCGCUUAAGUCCCACAUCAUUAACGCAACGCAGCUAGCUCACUUUGAUGAAAAAUUACCGCUAGUGCUCGCUACAGAUGCCUCAUCCUUUGGCAUCGGGGUAGUCCUUUCGCAUCUUCAGCCAGAUGGCGGAGAGAGACCCAUUGUUUUCGCAUCUAAAACGCUCGACAAGCACCAGGUUAAAUACAGCCAAAUCGAAAAGGAAGGACUUUCCAUAAUAUUUGGAGUAAAGCGUUUUCAUCAAUACCUUUAUGGCAGAAAGUUUAUCCUAAUCACAGACCACAAGCCGCUUGUAACCAUUUUUAAUCCAGGCAAGCAUCUCCCGUUGAUGACGUCAAACAGGCUACAACGUUGGGCUAUUAUUCUCAUGGCCUACAACUUCGAUAUCCAGUAUCGAUCCACAUCUGCUCAUGGUAAUGCAGAUGCUCUUUCACGCCUCCCAGUGGGUACAGAUCCAGACUUCGACAAAGAAGAGGAAGCUUGCCACAAUGUAGUCGAAGUAUCACCACCGAUAAAUUCCGAGCAAAUUCGCAACCACAUGGACAAGGACAAAGUUCUCAAACAGGUCCUGCAGUACGUAUCUAUAGGAUGGCCAGAAAAACUCCAGCCAGGCAACGAAGCCCUAUUGCCUUACUUUAACCGGAAGUUUGCUCUUACAAUUAACAAACAAUUGCUUUGCCUACACACAGACGCAAAUCGUAUUAUAAUUCCAGCCAGUCUACGUGCCCAUAUCCUAAAACUCUUACAUGAAGGCCAUUGGGGCAUUAUUCGAAUGAAGCAGUUGGCAAGACAACAUGUUUGGUGGCCCACCAUAGACGAUGACAUCAAAAGCCUUGCUCAGUCUUGUAGCAUCUGCAAGUGCAACAAUCCUGCACCACCAAGAGAGUACCAAAGUUGGCCAGCAGCAACAACAGCAUGGGAGCGAAUUCACAUCGACUUCGCCGGUCCAAUCUUUGACGCUAUGUGGCUCAUAUGCGUGGACGCGUACUCGCAGUUCCCAUUUGUCAUCCAAAUGUCGUCUACAACAACCGCCAACACGAUCGCUGCACUUUCUUCGAUUUUCGCCAUCGAAGGAUACCCGAAAACCAUGGUUAGCGACAACGGUCCUCAGCUUACAGCUGACGCCUUCGAAGAAUUCUGCAAACUGCACGGUAUAAAGCAUAUUACCACAGCACCGUUUCAUCCAGCAUCCAACGGAUUAGCAGAGCGAUUUGUACAGACAUUUAAAUUCGCAGUCAAGAAGAACCUCAAAGACGGUAUACCACUUAGGGAAGCUGUAACAAAAUAUCUUUCUUCUUACAGGUUCACUCCAAACGCCCAAGGUAAAACUCCUGCCGAGUUAAUCCACGGUCGACCAGUCCGCACCGUGCUUAGUCAACUUUUCGAGCAGCCUGUCGAGAAUAAACGGACAAUCACCAAGUACAUCUCUAAUCAAAUGGUAUACGCUCGAAACUAUUCAAGGGAAGAAAAGUGGAUUGAAGGCAUUAUCGACCGUCCAGUUGGAAAAAUGCUGUUCAUUGUUCGCACGUCAAAUGGUUACAUCAAGCGCCAUUUCAACCAGCUAAAACCGAAGUUGUCAGCAAACCACUCAAUCAAGAGACCUCCAGAGUUUUGGUGGAUUCCUGAACUGCCAAAGCCAUCCUGCAAUCAAGAAAUACAGCAACAAGAUCGACCGCUAACUCCGCCAGUUGUUCAGCAAUCUGAUCCUGUUCCUGUUUCUCGUCCUCCUGAACGCGCAGCAGAGCCUACCCAGCAGCCGAGGCAGAACCAAUCUACACGACGUCUUUCAGGCAUACCAGUACGCCAAAGCAGCCGUGUUCGCCAGGAAGUCGAUCGUUUUAAGCCAAAGGACUUCAGAAAAACUAAGCAUAUAAAUAGUUCUUAA